CCUACAUGAUCCCUCGCCCACCUCACCCCCGCCGCGACCAUCCCCGGCCACUAUUAUUAUCACACAUCACCUACACGCUUUCCCUCUCUCUCCUCUCCCCUGCUUUCCCCAUUCCGCCCGCCGCCGAUUCCUCGCCGGCUUUGAUUCGCUUCCAAUUCCGAUCGCCUGCCGAACCCUAACGAGGGAAGGAAGGAAGGUAGGUUAAUUGGGAGCGCGCUCGCUCAGGCCGGCCCGUGGUUAACUGGUGACGCGCAUGGAGAUCUCGUUCGAGGCGUGGGAGGGCGUGCAGCGGCACGGCCAGGACCUCGCGGACCGCCUCGCGCAGGGCUUCACGGGCCUGCUCCAGGCGCCGCCGCAGUUCCCGUGGCCGCCGGCACCGCACAAACGGAUGCCCUUCGACAUCGACCUCCCCGUCGUCCCCUUCGGCGCCGGACGCGGAGCCCCCGGGAAGGACUUCCCCUUCCCCGCGGCGGCGGUCUCCUCGGUCAUCGACAUCGGCGGAAGGCUCGGACAGGCCGGCGCCGAGCUCGGGGCGUCCGUCGGCGGGGCCGUGCAGCACGCCGUCAGGCAGCUGCCCGUCCCGUUCCGCCAGAUCCGGCGCCGCAAGCAGUCGCCUCAGGCGCCCCUGCCCCCUGCGGCUUCGGUGGGCGAGGGGGCCGUAGGGCUCUCCGUCGGAAGGGCUGCUGCGGAUAGGUGCCCCCUAGAGGCGGCGGCCGCCGCAGCCGCUGCGGCAACUGGGAGCGCGGCCGCGUCGAGCGUCAGUGGUCAUGUUGGCGGAGAUGACUUGGAUGAGGAGGACGAGGGUUUCGGCUGCGAGAUUGGGACUUUUGGAAACUUUAAGAAGGCCAAGGGUACUGUAAAUAUGUCGGCAACUUACAACACCAGGAGUCAUGACAUCGAGAGUUCUGUUGUUGCACGUGGAGACCUAUGGAGGCUAGAGGCCUCACGUGGUGGUUCAACUUCUGGAAAUGAUACUUCGCCUCUUUACCUUAUUCAGUUGGGGCCUCUACUAUUUGUUCGAGACUCUACACUUCUCUUGCCUGUUCAUCUAUCAAAGCAACACCUGCUUUGGUAUGGUUAUGAUCGCAAGAAUGGAGUUCAUUCCCUAUGUCCGGCUAUAUGGUCAAAACAUAGAAGAUGGUUGAUGAUGUCGAUGAUGUGUCUCAAUCCAGUUGCUUGUUCCUUUAUGGAUCUGCAGUUCCCUAAUGGGCAAUUAACAUAUGUUGCUGGUGAGGGGAUAUCAGCAAGUGGUUUUCUUCCGUUAUUUGGCGGGUUGCUCCAAGCUCAAGGAAAAUAUCCUGGAGAAACAAGAGUGAGCUUUUCUGUCAAGAAUAAACGUGGCACAAGGUUCACUCCUAUGUUUCAGUGGCCCGACAAGUCUGUUUCGUUAGGAGUUACUCAACCCUUGGCAUGGAAAAGAUCUGGUCUUAUGGUGAGACCCAGCAUACAAGUCAGUUUGUGCCCUACAUUUGGUGGAAGUGAUCCUGGGGUACGUGCAGAAGUUGUCCAUUCACUGAAAGAGGAAUUGAAUUUGAUGUGUGGCCUCUCUUGCACAAGACAUCCAUCAGCUUUUACCGCGCUCUCUAUUGGCCGGUCCAAGUGGAAUGGUCAAGUGGGCAGUUCUGGAGUGGUAAUCACCUUGGAAACACCUCUUAAUAACAUUGGAAGGCCAGCUUUAUCCGUUCAACUGAAUGGCGGCUUUGAGUUGUGAUGUCUUGGCUUCUGCGCUGAAGUUGUACAUACCAGUGUAUAUAUUGCCAUCACUAAUGUCCGUCCUCCAUAGUCAUUGAUCGGCUGCUGAGCUGGUCAACCUAGAAAGUUUGUGGAAUUGGGUUGCAAGCUUGCAGCUCGUUUUUGUCUCUACAAGUCUCAAGCCUCACUUGGCAAAUCAGCUGCUAGGUUCCCCACUAAAGAGACUUGCAUACUUAUUCGCAGUCCUCGAAGAGAUUGUGGUAUUUACUGUUGAGCUUGCAUCCUGCUGUGACCUGCUGCUUGUGGGCAGCUAUGCAGUCAUGGAAGACGACGUUCAAUCCAGAAGCUCAUUCUUUUAGUGAAGACAAACAACACCUGUCGCGUUUCAACAUUGUUGGUACCCAAUUGUCUUGUGUUGGGAACUACGACCAUCACAACUGACCAAUGUGUGGUUUGCGUUGUUGAAUUUUGAGACAACCGGUUGGUAUGUUUGGCUGCAAUCUUGUAUUACUCUACAGGUAUUGAUCAAAUGAAUGUAUGGCAAAUCUGGAGUCAUGGACCAUUCCGGUACUGCUGAAAAAUCUGCUCGCGUCUUUUUCC